UUCAAAAAAAGAAUUGCAAUGGAACAUCACAACUCCAAAAAGCUCGAAUGACCUAUGGAAAUUCGAGACGUUGAUAUCAUUUUACAAAAGCGUGGCGCAAAACUUCGCUUGUGUGUCAGUGUUACACUCCCGGUGACAUUCACGCACGUUUAAAAGCAAUCGACACCUCCGCUUUCAACCACACCACACUCAGCGCCGGCAUCAUCCUCUCGAAGAGAUAUCGCCCCCCAACCCCACACCCACACCUAUAAGCACCUUCCCUUCGUCUACCCAGCAAGCAUCGCACGUCGAACCCUACCUACUCCCGCCGCCACCUAGUUCGCUGCACAUCAAGCUCUCUGCUUCGAGCUUCAUCCUCACACCUCGCCAUCCCCGCCCAUAACUACAAUCCGCAACGAUGAGUUCGCCUCGAAGGAGGAUCGAGACAGAUGUGAGAAUUGCUUUGAAUUCUGCUACGGAAUUAUGGGACUGUACUCAACUGUUUCGCAACUACAGGUUGAUGAGUGACUAUGAGGUUACCUUGGUGAAUGAUAAUAGUCUGUCGGAGUUCUACGUCCGCUUCAAGGGUCCGGAAGAGACACCCUUCAACGGCGGCACGUGGAAAGUCCACGUUGAGCUCCCAGACCAGUAUCCCUACAAGUCACCAUCCAUAGGCUUUGUGAACCGCAUCUUCCAUCCCAAUAUCGACGAGCUAAGCGGUUCCGUAUGUCUCGACGUCAUCAAUCAGACUUGGUCGCCGAUGUUCGAUAUGAUCAAUAUAUUUGAAGUGUUCCUUCCGCAGCUGUUACGGUAUCCGAAUCCGACGGAUCCAUUGAAUGGCGAGGCCGCCGCACUGCUGAUGCGGGAGCCGAAACACUACGAGGCGAAGGUUAAGGAAUACGUGGAGAAAUACGCUACCAAGGAUGCGAUUGAGGACGGAGACGAAGGUUCUGACGAUGAGGACGAGAUGAGCUCUGUUGGUAGCUAUGACGAUGACGAUGAAGACGAUGAACCGGCUGGGCAGAUGGAGGUUUGAUUGCUAAUUGCUGAAUUUCGGUUGGUUUCGAUGUUACCCUGUAGUUUUUGCGCGCUGUUUUGGACCUUUGUUGUUGUUCUUUAAUACACACAUUUUUCCUUUUCCUUCUCGUUCGUGGUAGGGGUUUGAUUGAUGGUGUCGGUGCUGCUCCUUGUUGACGGACAUGCUGAUAUGGUCUUCGCCACGCCUUCGUGAUAGCCCGGAGAUGAAGCUGAUGUAUAAAGAUUGUUCUACUUCUACUUGCUUGUAGUCCAACUCUAGAU